AUGGAUACUGAUAAAACUACAGUUGCUAUGGAAGCUAUCAGUAAGGAAAUAGUUGAUUUGGAAAAUAUUCCUAUCAUAGAAGUUUUUGAGAAGUUGAAAUGCACUGAAGAGGGUCUCAGCAGUGAUGAGGUUCAAGCGCGUUUAGGUGUGUUCGGAUACAAUAAACUCGAAGAGAAGAAGGAGAGUAAAAUACUCAAGUUUCUCGGUUUUAUGUGGAAUCCUCUCUCGUGGGUCAUGGAAGCGGCAGCAAUUAUUGCAAUUGCAGUUCCACGCAAAGUGGAUCAUAAGAAAGAAGUCGAUUUCCAAGAUUUUGUAGGAAUUCUUGUACUGCUUGUGAUCAAUUCAACUAUAAGUUUCAUAGAGGAAAAUAAUGCUGGAAAUGCAGCAGCAGCCCUUAUGGCUCGGCUGGCGCCAAAGGCUAAGGUUCUGCGAGAUGGCAAAUGGUCCGAGGAAGAUGCAGCGGUGUUGGUUCCAGGAGACAUUAUAAGCAUAAAACUAGGGGAUAUUAUCCCGGCAGAUGCAAGACUACUACAAGGGGAUCCUUUAAAAAUAGAUCAGUCUGCUCUUACAGGAGAGUCACUGCCUGUAACCAAGCAUCCUGGAGAUGUAAUAUACUCAGGUUCCACAUGCAAGCAAGGGGAAAUCGAGGCUGUUGUUAUCGCAACUGGUUUGCACACUUUCUUCGGAAAAGCAGCUCACCUGGUGGAAAACACCACACAUGUUGGUCACUUUCAGAAGGUGUUGACAGCUAUUGGUAACUUCUGUAUUUGCUCCAUUGCCACCGGCAUGGUGUUUGAAAUGAUCGUAAUGUUUGGACUGCAACGUAGGCAUGCUACAGAUGGAAUAGCCAAUCUUCUUGUCCUGCUGAUUGGUGGUAUUCCUAUUGCUAUGCCAACAGUUCUUUCUGUUACCAUGGCCAUCGGUUCCCAUCGCCUAUCACAGCAGGGUGCCAUAACCAAAAGGAUGACAGCAAUUGAGGAAAUGGCAGGGAUGGAUGUAUUAUGCAGUGAUAAAACAGGAACCUUAACUCUCAAUAAACUCUCAGUGGACAAAACUAUGAUUGAGAUUUUCACAAAAGGCGUUGACAAGGACACUGUUGUUUUGAUGGCUGCAAGAGCUUCAAGAUUGGAGAAUCAAGAUGCAAUUGACACUGCAAUUGUAUCAAUGCUAGGAGAUCCUAAGGAGGCUCGAGCGGGAAUAACUGAAGUUCACUUCCUCCCUUUCAAUCCAACUGAUAAAAGGACUGCUCUUACCUACUUAGAUGGUGCUGGUAAAAUGCACAGAGUGAGCAAAGGUGCGCCAGAGCAGAUACUUAACUUGGCCUACAACAAAAGUGAUAUAGAGAAGAGGGUUCACUCUGUGAUUGAUAAAUAUGCUGAAAGGGGUCUUCGUUCCCUGGCAGUUGCCCGCCAGGAAGUACCUGAAGGUACCAAAGACAGCCCUGGUGGACCUUGGGAAUUUGUUGGCCUGCUUCCUUUAUUUGAUCCUCCCCGGCAUGAUAGUGCUGAGACUAUAACAAGAGCUUUGAAUCUUGGAGUUAGCGUCAAGAUGAUUACUGGUGAUCAGUUGUCCAUUGCUAAGGAAACCGGGAGACGCCUUGGAAUGGGUACAAACAUGUACCCUUCAUCUUCUUUACUAGGAGAUCACAAGGAUGCGUCAGCUGCAGUGCUGCCUAUUGAAGAACUCAUCGAACAAGCAGAUGGUUUUGCUGGUGUUUUUCCUGAACACAAAUAUGAAAUAGUGAAGAUACUGCAAAGCAGAAAACACAUAUGUGGGAUGACUGGCGAUGGAGUAAAUGAUGCGCCAGCUUUGAAGAAAGCCGAUAUAGGGAUUGCAGUAGCAGAUGCAACAGAUGCAGCAAGAAGUGCCUCCGAUAUUGUUCUAACUGAGCCUGGUCUUAGCGUUAUAAUUAGUGCAGUGUUGACAAGUAGAGCCAUUUUUCAGAGAAUGAAGAACUACACUAUCUAUGCAGUAUCUAUUACAAUCCGUAUUGUGUUAGGAUUCAUGCUGCUGAAUGCGUUUUGGAGAUAUGACUUUCCUCCUUUUAUGGUUCUUGUCAUAGCAAUUCUGAAUGAUGGUACCAUCAUGACUAUAUCCAAAGACAGGGUUAAGCCAUCUCCACUUCCUGAUAGCUGGAAACUCAGUGAAAUAUUUGCAACAGGAAUUAUCAUUGGGACUUACCUUGCACUGAUGACUGUUAUAUUUUUCUAUAUGGCCUAUGAAACUAGCUUCUUUGCAAAACGGUUUCACAUUGAAGACUUCAAUCAUAGAAUGCACAAUCUCACAGAUGAAACUGUGAAACAACAUCUACAUGCUCAGUUAUCAUCUGCUGUCUAUCUUCAAGUCAGCACCAUCAGUCAGGCGUUGAUCUUCGUGACACGCUCCAGGGGAUGGUCGUAUGCAGAUAGACCAGGCCUUCUUCUUCUUGGUGCCUUCAUUGUUGCUCAGUUGUUCGCGACGGUAUUAUCUGUCACAACUACAUCAAAGUUUUGCAAAAUCAGAAAGAUUUCAGUGGGAUGGGCUCUGGUCAUUUGGGUGUAUAAUUUCUUAUGCUAUCUGUUGCUCGAUCCAAUCAAAUUCGCCAUUCGGUAUUCAUUGAGUGGAAAAGCAUGGGAUUUGCUGCUAAACCAAAGGAUGGCUUUCUCAACACAAAAGGAUUUUGGCAAGGAGGUAAGAGAAGCAGCAUGGGCAGCUGAGCAGAGAACACUUCACGGGCUUCAAUCCCUAGAAUCAAAAGCAGUCCCUGACAAGUAUAACUUUGGGGAUAUCAGUGUCAUGGCUGAAGAAGCAAGACGGCGCGCGGAGAUUGCAAGAUUACGGGAACUUCACACAUUGAAAGGACGGGUGGAAUCCUCAGCAAAACUUCGAGGAAUUGAUUUGAACGAAGUCAGCUCACACUACACUGUCUGA